AACGUGAGGGCGACUAACAGCUGCCGGGCGCGUGGACCAAAGGACGUGCAACGCCGUGCGGCGCGUAGCAUAUUCUGACGCAGUAUACAACGUGCGUUUCAGACCCUCCUUAUUUCGUUCGACCGACACUGGGGACAUGCCGUAACUGCAUCUUUCUCCCACCGCUACUAGGUGGACCCUACACGUGAUAUCUUUUCCUCGAAUAGACCCGCUGGUCGCUCGACCGGGGAAGAGCCAUGAGUGCUCUUCUCGAGAUGCUCGCCCGGUUCUGGGACUGGCGAUGGAUCUCCACAGCGCUGGUCUUCGUUGUAUCCUACUUCGUCGGCCGUUUCUACCACCGGGUGUCCAAGUACCCCAGGGGGCCGUUUCCUUUCCCGCUGGUUGGGAACCUACUGAGCUUGAGUUUUUACAAGGUCAACUUCCCGAGCAAGGCAGCCGAAUUGGCCAAGGUGUACGGAGAUGUAUUCACACUGUGGAUGUCGCACAGGCCCAUGGUUAUGCUCAGCAGCUACGAUGUGAUUCGUGAGGCGCUUCUCAACCGCAGACACGAGUUCGCCGGGCGCUUUCCAACUAAAAUGGGUGCCCUUCAAACCCAGGGAAAUCACGACAUCAUGUUCGAAGAUUACAACCCAUGUUGGAAGGCACUUCGAAAAGUCGCUCUCCUUGCUGUGAGGAAGUACGCUGUCAGCGAGUCGCUCGAAAAACUGGCGACAGAAGUGGUUGACUCUUACGUGGACUCCCUGGAAGAAGGCUCGCAGAUUGUGGAAUCGAGACAGCCUUUCCUGACAAUCCUCUUCACCCUCAUUGGUGUUUCUGUUUACGGCCAAACGGUGGAAGAAGCAAGAAGCGAAGUGAAGCGAAUGGAGGAGAUCGAUCGCAAGUUCUUCGAGGUUGCCCCCGAUGGUCUGCCGAGCGACAUCGCGCCAUGGCUGGGUGUCUUGUACCGCCGCAGAGAGAAGGCGAUCGAGCGUGUAUUUCACGACUCUUUCGAGAUCUGCAACAAGUUUUUUAGCGCCGCUGAAAAAACGUACGCCCCAGGGAAAACUGACAACUUUACUCACGCCAUGCUGUCUGCUCGUGAAGAUGCGAUACGCGAAGAAAAGAGUGAUGCUCAGUACCUGACCAAAGGAAACAUGGUUCAAGUCGUCUUGAACAUAUUUGGAGCCGGAACUGACACUUCAGCCGCAGAACUUCAAUGGCUAUUCCUAAUGAUGGCUAAAGAGCCCUCUAUUCAAGAAAAGAUUCAGAAAGAAAUCGAAGACAACAUCGGAAACUCGCCACCUGUCUAUAAAGACAGGGAGAGGAUGCCCUUCACGGUUGCCUGUCUGAUGGAAACCCUUCGAUGUUUCCCUGCUGCUCCUCUGGGCAUGCCACACAACACCAUGACCGACACAAAGCUCGGACAACUCGGUAUACCAAAGGACACAUGCGUGCUGUACAACGUGUACGGCGUGAACCACGAUCCCAAGCUCUGGGACGAGCCGGACGAAUUCAGACCGGAGCGCUUCCUGGACCCCGCUACAGGCAGGCUUCGCCGAGAGCCUCUGCCUUUGCUCUCUUUCGGCAUGGGAGCACGCUCUUGUCCGGGAGAGAAGCUGGCGAACACGGACAUGUUCUACAUCCUCGUGAGACUUCUGCAGCGCCUCAGCGUCAGUCAAGGCGACAAGCCGCCUAUGGUGGACGUUCGUAGCCUCCGCUCGAACAUAUUCCUGUUGCCUGCCGCACAAAAUAUCACACUCACCAGAAGGAACUAAGCGCUUCGUAUAGCGCUACGUUAGGAAAACAAACAUGGUCGGGAAAGCAGUCUUCGACGACAAAAUGCCUCGGCGUUUCCUUUAGAGAUAGUCAGUGAAACACAGGGAGAAAGAAAGAGAGAGAAAGAGAAAGCACAACGCACGCAGAACAGCACUCGAACGGAGCUGUAGCUUCUCCGCUCGGGAACGGCUAGAUACCUCAGUACACAUGUUUGAUGGUCUUAGCCGCCCUUCUAGCUCAGUACAACAAUUCGAGCUGGUCUGUAUAGAGUAAAUAGGAGCAGUACUGAGUCGCCCUUCGUUUUGGUGUCGUUGGAUGUCGAAUAGGUGAUAUCUCUUGUGUGCUUGACCAUGUACAUGCUAAGUGUGAGAUGGUUGUUCAUUCCUCGAAGUGUGGGCAUGUAUGUGAGCAUGAAGCAGUGUGUAUACAGUGAGCAUGAGGCCGAAGUGUGGUUGCGUGUUUGUUUAUACUUGAGUCAUUGCUGCAGUUUCCUGUAUGAAAUGCAGUCUGGGGUUUACUGCGUGCUUGAGUCUCAAGUGUGUUUGUGGGAUCGUUUUUACUUUGCACCGUAUACUUCAGCUUCGUCAUCCAUGAGAGUGUUUUGCGACAGUAGAAGCUUCACAGAAUAAAGGUAUUAUUUUUCCUUCC